GUGGGCAGUGGGAUCGGAGGCGAGCGGGGAAAGUGUGUGACAGAGAAUGGAGAAGUCAGGAAAGAGAGUGUUGCUGAGCUCAAACGGCGACGACAUCUCGCAAGGCAUUGCUUUCCACUUAGCCAAACAAGGAUGCAAGGUGGUUUUGAUGGGGGAGGAGAGAUGUCUAAAUAGCAUCGCACAAAAAAUCAUGGGUUCCCUCUCCCUCAGAAGCAGAGACGCUGAUCCCGUGGUGCAGGUUGUUGGAUUGGACUUGCAGAGUGAAGACGAAUCUGCUUUCAGUGAGUCUGUCGAUAAGGCAUGCCAGAUUUUGGGGAAACUGGAUGCUUUUGUAAACUGUUACACUUAUGAAGGAGAGAUGCAAGAGCAUCUGGAUUUAGCUGAGAGUGAGUUCAUCAAAAUAGUCAAGAUUAAUUUUAUCGCUGCUUGGUUCUUGUUAAAGGCUGUUGGCCAAAGGAUGCGGGAUUUCCAGAACGGAGGCUCCAUUGUGUUUCUGACAUCCAUAAUUGGUGCUGAGAGAGGGCUUUAUCCAGGAGCUGCCGCUUAUGCCUCAGCCUUGGCUGGAGUGCAGCAGUUAGUUAGGGCUUCGGCUCUGGAGAUAGGGAAGUACCAAAUCAGAGUUAAUGCGAUUGCACGAGGCCUGCAUCUGCAUGACGAAUUCCCAUUAUCAGUGGGAAGGGAAAGGGCAGAGAAAUUGGUAAAGGAAGCAGCGCCACUUGAGCGAUGGCUUGAUGUUAAGAAUGAUUUGGCGUCUACAGUCAUCUAUCUUAUCAGUGAUGGGUCAUGCUACAUGACAGGAACAACCAUAUAUGUUGAUGGAGCACAGUCUAUAACCAGGCCUCGGAUGCGGUCCUUUAUGUGACUUUUCAUCCUAAGCUGCUACUUAUGGAAUUUGGCUAUGGAUAGCCAGGACAUUUCUUAAAACCACACACUUUAUCGGUGGAUUUUGUUAAAAUAAGUUUGUCGAAGUUUGUCGAACUAAAAUUAUGUUUGACUGCAAUCAUAUUACACAUGUAAGAUGUCUGAAAGUGGGGUCGUCUAACAGGUGGCCAAAGUACUAAAUUGAAAAUUUGGGAUAAAAAAGAUACAUCUAUUGACAUGUUUCAUCU